GUGGGGUUGUUUUCCCUAAUAAUAAAGAAAAACUGGUCGGCCAAGGGAUUAGACAUCCAGUGACCAUCGAGCGAUCCUGUCGGAUGAUUUGCUCCGUCGUAAAUUAUUAAAAAAAGAGACGAAAAGUCGAAAAAGGUCAAAGUGUGUUUUAUGUGCGGAAUUGAGAGAUGGCGACGGGCGGGGACGACACGGCGAUCGUCGAUCAAGAUGAAGAUCCACCAGUCGAGACGAAACAACUAGGAGCGGAAGAAGACGAAAGCGGAUGGCUCGACAACGACGAUAAGGAUCAGCAGCAGGGCGUUGGCCGACCAAGGAAACAAUCCAAACGCAAUGCAGGAGCGGCAGGUAUCUUGCGCAUCGACACUACAGCCGCAACCGCUGCCGGAUUCAACAGUCGCCGGAAGAGUUCAGCCAGUUCAGUCGGAGAUUUCCGCAGCGGCGCCACUUAUUUAAAUCCCCAGGCGGAUGAGAAAUCUCCAUUGCCGUCGGCCGAUCGUCUUUCCGUCAGUUUCAUCAUGGGAGAAAGGGCCGACGCAUCCAGCGUGGGUUCCGGCAGGAUGGAUUCGCCGCUCAGUGCCAUCCACCACCACCAUCUCUCCAAUAAUCAACCCCAGCACUAUUUAGACAUUGACGACGAAUAUGACGACGACGAGUACUCGAUUGCGGCGUCGAGUAUCCUGCAGCAGCAACAGCGUCGACGCUCCGGCCCUGGCGGCGGAGGUGGGAGGUCGAGUUUGAAUCGACGGACCAGGUCCUUCCGUCGUGGUGGACGCAGACCUUCCUCGCCCUUUCCGGGCGACGAACUUUCAAUGGGCGGACGGAGACGAACGUCACGCGGGUUCUCGGUCGCCACCAUCAGCUCGGCCGAGAUUGGAAUGGACGAGACGGGCGGGGGCUUUUACGACCAGCAACAACAACAGCGGGAAGUUGCCGAGUCGGCCGCCGCCGCCCUGGAGCAUGUGGCGCUCCACAAGGAAGUGGUGCAGAACAUGCGCUACCAGCCGUGGGACAUGGGACGAAAGUUGCGGGUCCUCAGACGGGCCAAAAGCUUCGUCCGACAACACGAAGGCGCCCUCCAGCAGCGGCUGGCCGAAUCACGCACCGCCAAAGACGUCUUUGCCCGCGGACGCCUUCUACUAGCCAAAGCUGUCCAGCUGAGUGUGCGGGAAAUUCGAAAUUUGAUUUCGUUCCUGGUGCCGUGGGAGGCGCGAAUCAAAGAAAUCGAAUCUCUUUUCGGAUCGGCUGUCGCCUCCUAUUUCACUUUUCUCCGCUGGGUCUUUUGGAUCAAUCUCGUCCUGACGGCCUGUUUCGCCGUUUUCGUCGUCGUCCCAGAAGUAUUGGCGACGGAAUGGGACGUGAGUGGCGAGCGCAAAGGAUUGCUGCCGGAAGAGAAACGGACGGCCACGGACUUGCAGACCUUGUGGGACUUUGAGGGCAUCCUGAAAUAUUCGCCCAUCUUUUACGGUUUCUAUAGCAACGCUUACGAGACCAACGAGGGAUACAAACUGCCGUUCGCCUAUUUCUUCACCGGACUCGUCCUCUACAUGUACAGCUUCGUCGCCAUCCUCCGCAAAAUGGCCAAGAAUUCUCGGAUGGCCAAACUGUCGGACAAGGACGACGAGUGCACAUUCACUUGGAAAUUGUUCACCGGAUGGGAUUUCAUGAUCGGCCACCCGGAGACGGGCGAGAACCGCCGCUCGGCCAUCACGCUCGGCUUCAAAGAGGCUCUGCUGGAGGAGGCCGAAAAGGAACGGGCCACCGAGAAAUUGACCCGCAACGUCAUCUGUCGCCGUUUGGCUGCCAAUUUUCUGGUCCUGAUGCUCCUCUGUUCGUCCGCCUACAUUGUAGUUUUAGUUGUCGAGCGAUCCACCGAGCCGGAAGCCGAAUCCAAUUGGUGGAGGCAGAAUGAAAUCACCGUCAUCCUCUCCCUCAUCUCCAUCAUCUUUCCCAACAUUUUCGAGCUGAUUGGCAUCUUGGAAAAGUACCACCCGCGUAGACAACUGCGUUGGCAAUUGGCCAGGAUCAUGAUCCUGAAUUUGCUGAAUUUGUACACGUUGAUCUUUGCCCUUUUCGGCAAAGUCAACGCCAUGACGACCCGACUGGCCGUCAUGAAGGCCAACAUUAGCCAGCAAGGACUCAACUUGGCCGAUUUGUUGCUGGACCAGACGUCGUCAUCGAUGACGACUCCCAUUUUCAACGCCACUUGGGAAAGCAGCGCCUAUUACAACGUCACCGAUCCUAUUUUAUUCAUCCUCAACGCCACAGAGAGUCCCGGUCCGAUCCUGCUGGACAAUUAUUCAUCGACGUCAACCCAACCGGCAGUGACGGAUGAAGAAGAUGUUGACCUGACUGGAACUUGUUUCCAGAUUAUGGUCGAUUGCUCCGCACUGGAGACGACGACCGAUCCUCCACCCGUUAGGACGACAACUGCCGGGCCGGCCAUUUCGGAAGAGGACGAACUCAUUUACGACGAAGAAGAUUACGAAACGGUGCCGGAACGAUUGAAACGGCAAUUGCUCCUGGACCAGACGACGGCCAAUCCUUUGAGAACUACUCCGCAGAGUAUCGGGCGAUUGCUGGACUCUCUCAAUUCGAUCCUGCGCAAUCUCAAGCGCAACACGACCCUCCGCCCAAUUCCGUACACAUCGACGCUGCCCUUUUCGACCUCAUCCAGCAGCACCGAAAGCGGCGGCCCAUCAACGACGACGAGUCCAGCAACUGCUGACCGGAUGAUGGAAUCGACAGCCAGCAGCACGCCGGAAUUGCUAGACGAUCUGAUCCGCUGGCACACUGCCGGAUUGAUUUUGACGACGGAAGAGGACGACUAUGACGAGUUGGCCGACAAUUCCAGCAGCGCCAGCAUUUUCGAGGCUUUUAAUCAAACGAAUCCGGCGGAUGAUUUUAUCGUCAACCAAGACAACGAGACGAUUACCACCACUCAAUUGCCGGAAGAGAUGACGACAACCGUCCGGCUGACCAUGUGCCCAUUGGUCGUCUGUCCGUGGAACGACACGGUCGGAUAUUUCAGCAGUUUGACGACGACCAACUUGCCCAGCAGCGACGGCGGAGGAGAUGAAUCCAACGGGACGACGUUGCCGUGCCGCGGAGACAAUCCGCAAGGAUGCACUCCGUUCUGGACGAGUUCCAGGGAUGAGACCAUCACGUCGUUCCACUCAUCCAUCUCUGCUAGCAGCACACCAUCCAGCAACGAGGAAGAAAUGGCGGCGAUGAGUAAGAAAACUCGACCCACAUUGGAUCCGGCCACCCGUUUGGAACUGCGCAAACUCUGCUGGGAGACCAUGUUCGGCCAGGAACUCGUCAAAUUAACCAUCAUGGAUUUGAUUUUCACGACGAUAUCGAUUUUGAUUAUUGACUUUAUCCGGGCCAUUUUCGUCCGGGUUUUCAACGGAUGUUGGUGCUGGGAUUUGGAGAAAUAUUUCCCACAAUACGGCGAAUUUAAAAUUGCUGAAAAUAUUUUGCAUCUCGUUAAUAAUCAGGGCAUGGUUUGGAUGGGCAUGUUUUUCUCGCCUGGAUUGCCGGCCAUCAACAUUUUCAAGUUGUUCCUGUUGCUCUACAUCCGCUCGUGGGCGGUGCUCACAUGCAACGUGCCGCACGAGGUGAUUUUCAAAGCUUCCCGCUCCAACAACUUUUACCUGUGGCUCCUGCUGAUCAUGCUGUUCCUGUGCACGCUGCCGGUGGCCUACGCAAUCGUGUGGCUGGAGCCGUCGUGGCACUGCGGCCCCUUUAGCGAAUACUCGCGCAUCUUUCACGUCAUGACGCAGAGUUUGCUGAAAGCCACGCCCGACAGUCUCCACUGGGUCCUCAGUUACGUGGCCUCGCCCGGCGUCGUCAUUCCGCUCCUCGUUCUCCUCAUUCUCGUCAUUUAUUAUUUGGUGUCGCUCAGCUCGUCGCUGAGGGAGGCCGUCACCGAUUUGCGGACGCAACUUCGACGCGAACGCGACGCCGAACGUUUGAAAACGCGCCAGAAAAAGGAGGCCGAAUCGGUGGCCGCUGUUCCCGACGCUGCGGCCGCCAAAGUCAUUGCCCAAUGGCGCAAAGCUGUUCCGUUCGCACCGACCAAAUCGCAGACGAUCCUUCCUCAAACGCUGGCCAAAGAAGCCGUCGACAAACGCGGAGGAGGAGGGAUGAAAGAUGGGCUGCUGUUGCAUCAACGCGCAGGAGCGUCGGCAGGAGCGUCGGCAGGAGCCCAGCCGAGAACUGCUGCUCCUGUUGGGAUGACGACGGGACGUCAAGUUGGCCUCAGACGUGGCCAGCAACUGCCACCAGUCAAAGGAUCACGAGGAGUCACCGCUGCUGCUACCACGACUGAAUUUGACGGUGCCAGCGAUUUGGAUAUUAGCGACUCGUUGCCGCACGACAGUCCCGUCUUGAACGGCCGCGCUGCUGGUCAUCAUCAGCCGCCCUUGCCAGGAGCAGCAGUGCCGGCCAGUCCGCCUCACCACCAGCCAGUCUAUGCCUCCGUGGUCAAGAAGAAGAAGAAACCGAACAACAACAUCAACAGUCCGCCGAGAGUAGACCAGCAACUAGCCAGUCAUCAGCCGGACCAGCAGGAGCCGCUUAACAAAAUGACGGACGCUCCUAGAUCGCCGGCCAAAAUCCCACUGAUCCGCAUCAGCCAGACGGAGAGCGUGGAGAGAGCCGAAAGGAAUCCGCCCACUCCCAUGACGGAUCCGCCAUCGCUGGAGGAUGGGACGACGACGGGACUGGUUGCCACGUCGCCCACCAAAAUUCAGCACGGCGGCGGAGCUCUCAAUUUGAUUUUGCAACGGGCAAAGGAGAGACGGGCGCUGGCCAUCAAACAGCAGCCCAUCACUGUCAGCGAGUCGACGGCCGAUUUGGUGCUGAACAUGGAAGAAACGGCCCGCCGAGCCGACACUCCCGAUCACGAAAAGAUGGAUGAAACUUUGGAUUCGAUUUCGGACGAAACGCCCACCGUCACGGAAAAUCAACAAUAAAAAAACCAAACACACAACCAGAUAUAACAAAUAUAUAUCACGUGAAAACAAGGAAGAAGAGAAAAAAAUGGGCGGCCGUGUGGUAUCGACGAGGGAACUUUCGAUCGAUAACUCACGGCGACAUCCGGAACGCGCAACACAACCCCCCCGAAAAAUUGGAUAAGAAAA